AUGAGGUGUCUUCGCUGCCAGCGGACAAAUAUCCGCUGUACAUACAAUGACGAAUUCGGAAAAAAAGGACCCAGAACUGGAAGGCGGCUCGAGGCCAUUCGGGCCAGCCAAGCGUUGGCAGCAAAUUCCAGUGCCGUAAAUGCUACUCCAGACAAUGAUGCCAGUCAACCACAUGAUUUGCUGCCAAACGAUUCUUUUUCGGAGCAAUCGCCUGUCCAAUUUGAUCUCUCCUCCUUUGGUGAAGAUGAUUCUGCAUCGUCUAUCGGUCACCUAGACGGUCGUGCUGGAACGGAUUCCGCAGAUCCCAACCUGGACACAAUUCAACCGCCAUGGGAGCGAUUGGCUCUCGGGACAUCUGCAGACAUCCUCAAUCGAGUAUUGGAAGAACACAAUGUGGUUCAUUUCAGCCAUGAUCAGCUCUCUAUUGCCGCUAUCGAAAGCACCGAUGGAGUUGCUUUUUCAUGGGAAGAUAUUGUCGCCGAAUUGGCAUUGUUUUGCCUCAAGUGCUACCAACGUCAUCCAAUCAUUAAUUUGGAAACUGUGCUCAACAGGAUUGAACGGGGGGACCACGUUUCGGAUCCCGCCUUUCGCACGAUGCUGCUCUCGAUAUUUCUCGUCAACGAGGCCAGUCAGUUUCGACACUAUCCCGACCGUAGCCCAGCGCGGCUAGACCUUCUUUCAAGAGCGACAGAGAAAUCACGGGCCAAUUCACCCUACUAUCAUUUUGCGGAUUCUCCGUCUCUAGAUACCGUGAUCUCUUCACUCUUCCUUUUCAUAGCAUACAGCGUUCGAGAUAAGCACAAUCGCGCUUUCCUUUACCUAACAGAGGCCAUCGGACUCAUGGAUCUCGUCAAAUACCCCUGUGACCGGAUAGAGAUAGCUCAAUACCACCGUAUUGAGUGUUUGCUAUUCGUUACCGAAGCGGCAUCUAACUCGAUAUAUGGCACCCGGGGAAAGAGAAGACUUGCCAGGAUCCCCUCUAGCCCUCCUUCGAAAGAAAUGUUAGAUGGAUGGUAUAUCUCUGAGCACAAGCAAAAGCAGCUUCCCCCGCUGCUAUCUACUCUGCCUUAUGAAUCGUUAGACAAACGAGCCGCUGAGCUUCUGUACGCUAUGACUCGGCUUCAUAGCGCUCUUGAUACCGCUAGUGUCUCUAGUGUUGAGUUUCAAGACGAUAUCUUGGCCACCUUGAGUAACGGCGAUGACCAUAAGCCUUCAUGUUUGAUUCAAACUGCCGAUGUGGCUGUCACCAGACAAUGGCAACUGGCUACCCACUGGUGGCAUGCAUUAUCGGAAAAUGGAUACUCUUCCGAAAGGAAAGAAAACGCGCGCUAUAUAAUACAAAUCAUUGGCAUGACUGCAGUCCAACGCACAAAGUUCCUCCACUCUGGAGCUUGCCGAAUAGUAGGUCACGGCAAACUGGCUGCGCUUGCGGAUACAAUGUUUAAGAUUUCAUCCGCUCUCGACAUAUUACCAUGCUGUUCUUCCCUGAUACGCGACAUGAUUCACAUUGUUUCUAAAGCAGAUUGCGAGGGGUCAUUUGCGGCUGGACUUAGCCUCAUCCAAAUCUGUAUUGAAGAGGUUCCGCGGCCGGUCACAUCUGGCCAUGAAUUAGAAUACGAUGGUCAAGCAUUUGGAAAUACUGAUGUAGAAUUAUUUUCUAGUAACUAA